UCUCCUAUCUCCAUCGGUUUCACUGGGAAGACUUCCGGUGGUGUGUCAUGGCGGCAUGGUGAAGCUUGCUCAAAGGGAACAAUAACCAAGCCGUACUGUCAUCUUCAGACGCCGGUUUUGGGACUUAUUUCAGGCCUAACAUCGCCACGAACGUCCACAUUCGUCUUGGAAUUGCAAGCAGUCAUUCGCGGUUUCCAUCCGCACGGCCAUGGCGGCACAUAAACCAGUGGAAUGGGUUCAGGCGGUGAUAAACAGAUUCGACGAGCAGCUUCCUGUUAAAACGGGACAUCAGAACAACCACACCAAAGUCAGCACAGAGCACAACAAGGAAUGUCUCAUCAACAUCUCUAAGUACAAGUUCUCCCACGUCAUCAGUGGCCUCACGAACAUACUAAAAAAUGUGAACAACAUGCGGAUAUUCGGGGAAGCUGCUGAGAAGAACCUCUACCUCUCCCAGCUGAUUAUCCUGGACACACUGGAGAAGUGCCUGGCAUCGCAAUCAAAGGACUGCCUGCGUCUGGACGAGACCAUGCUGGUGAAGCAGCUGCUGCCAGAGAUCUGUCACUUCAUCCACACGUACCGUGAGGGCCACCAGCACGCUGCUGAGCUCCGUGCCUCCGCCUCAGGGGUCCUCUUCUCCCUCAGCUGCAACAACUUCAACGCUGUUUUCAGCCGCAUCUCCACCAGGUUGCAGGAGCUGACAGUCUGCUCAGAAGACACUGUGGAUGUGCACGAUAUAGAGCUCAUGCAGUACAUCAACGUGGACUGCUCCAAACUUAAAAGACUGCUCCAAGAAACGGUAUUAAAAUUCAAAGCCCUGAAGAAACCUGCCCAACAUGCCGUCAUUAACAGUUUGGAAAAGGCCUUUUGGAACUGGGUAGAGAACUACCCUGAUGAGUUUACCAUGCUCUACCAGAGACCACAGACAGACAUGGCAGAUGCUGCGGAGAGGCUGUUUGACCUGGUGGACAGCUUUGCUGAGAGUGCCAAGAGGAAGGCAGCGGUGUGGCCUUUACAGAUCAUUCUCCUCAUCCUCUGUCCCGAGAUCACACACAUCAUCUCUCGAGAGGUGGUGGAGGAGAGCAAGGCCAACAAGAAGCUGUUCCUGGAGAGCUUGAGGAAGGCUCUAGCAGGCCAGGGGGGCAGCAAGCAACUAACAGAGAGUGCAGCCAUCGCCUGUGUCAAACUGUGCAAGGCCUCCACCUACAUCAACCGGGAGGACCACUCGGGCAUCUUCCUCCUGGUGCAGUCCAUCGUGGUGGACCUCAAGGACCUGCUCUUCAACCCCACCAAGCCCUUCUCUCGCGGGGCAGGCAGCCAGAACGCAGACGUGGACCUCAUGAUCGACUGCUUCGUCUCCUGUUUCCGUAUCAACCCUCACAACAAUCAGCACUUUAAGGUCUGUUUGGCCUCCGCCUCCCCCUCUACCUUUCACUUUGUCCUGGUCAACUCCCUGCACAGAAUCAUCACCAAUUCUGAUCUGGACUGGUGGCCUAAGAUUGAUGCAGUGUACUGCUACUCUGGAGAGCUGCGACUAAUGUUCUCAGACACUCUGAGCCGAGUGAUGCAAGGCCUUCACACACAUGCCCCACUACGCAUGACGCCGAGUCUGUCAUUUAAAGAGAAAAUGACCACCAGCCUUAAGUUCAAAGAGAAAACCACAGACCUGGAUACACGCAGCUACAAGUGCCUCCUCCUCGCUCUGGUCAAACUCAUCCACGCUGACCCCAAACUCAUGCUGCACAACCCAGGGAAGCAGGCUCAGGAGACUCAGAGCAGCACAGCAGAGCUGAUUGCAGGCCUGGUGCAGCUGGUGCCCUUGGUCAAUACAGCCCAGCUUUCCCAGGAGGCCAUGGAGGCUCUGCUGGUGCUGCACCUGCCUGAGACCAUUGAGCUGUGGAACCCUCAGGCCCCCAUUGAAACCUUCUGGGACAUCAGCUCCCUGGUUCUCUUCCUGAUCUGCAAGAAGCUGAUUGGUCACCAGAUGGUGAACAGUACAGAGGUGUUGAAGUGGCUGAGGGAGAUCCUUAUCUGCAGGAACAAGUUCCUCCUAAAGAACAAGGAGUGUGCCACGCAGGGCAGUGGAAUCCCCAUCUGCAGACAGGCCCAGACCAAACUGGAGGUGUGUCUAUACAUGUUUCUGUGGAGCCCUGACACCGAGGCCGUGCUGGUGGCCAUGUCCUGCUUCAGACACCUGUGUGAGGAGGCUGACAUCCGCUGUUCCGCUGACGAGGUGCUCGUCCAGAACAUCCUGCCCAACUACGCCACCUUCACAGAGUUUGCCUCCGUCAGCAACAUAAUGGCCACCGGACGUUCCACCCUGCAGAAGAGAGUGAUGGCCUUGUUGAGAAGGAUAGAGCACCCCACUGCAGGAAACACUGAGGCAUGGGAGGACACGCAUGCAAAAUGGGAGCAGGACACCAAACAGAUUCUGAACUUUCCCAAAAACAAGGUGGAGGAUGGUCAGGAGUGGAUCAACAUGACAGGCUUCCUGUGUGCUCUGGGUGGGGUGUGUCUGUCCCAGCACAGCAAGCCCUGUGGCCCCACCACCUACAGCCCCCCUAUGGGCCCCAUGAGCGAACGCAAGUACUCUAUGGUCUCUGUGAGGUCUCCAACGCUGCAGCUGGAGCCUCAGCCACCUGCUCCUCCUCUUCCUCCACUGAAACCCCCCUGGGCAGGUUCCUGGACCGCCUGCUGGUCCUGCUGGUAUGUGGUCAUGAGAGGGUGGGUCUACACGUCCGCACCACGUCAAGGAGCUGCUGGGGCUGGAGCUCAGCCCGGUCCUGUACCACAUGCUCUUCAACAAGCUAAGGAACAGCAUCGGACGCUUCUUCGACACACGGGCCGGUGA